AUGUGGUGGCCCAGUGACAUCAAGGCGCCCGCCGCAUCCAACGGCGCAGAUCGCGUCGGAGGCAGCAGCGUGCGAUCGCGGCCGUCGCGCGCGGCGCAGCAUCCAUGGGCCGAAGAUCUCGUUUCGCGCGCCGACGACGACGCCGUGGCCGACGCUGCCGUUCGCGGAUGGGCGUCGACGGCGGCCGAUUGGGAUCCGCGGAGCGGCGACGAGGGGCAGAUUACGGGGAGAGGGGGAGCGUGGGUGGGGGGGCCGGAGCCCAUUGCGCUCAGGUGGCCGCUAACGGGCAAAGGCGGAGACAUUCAGGGGAAGGGGGGAAACGUGGGGAAACGGGGCGCUGGGGAAUCGGGUCGGACCCGAGAGGAGGGGGAAUUGGGGCGGUUAGUGAGAGCAGAUAAAAGGGCUGGUGGGGAGAAUGGCGGCGAGGGAGGAGGUGCGUCGCAACAAGGAGCGCGACGAGGGGGCGGCGCGGAUCUCGAGGCGCGGAUCAGACGCGCGUGCGAGUGGGUGGGGGUUCUUCCUGGCGGCGCGUCGCAGAUUGAUGAGCGAGCGGGCAGAGCGGCGGCAGUUGCGGGUGGUUCUGUUGGCUCGUCUGGCGUCACCGAGAUUCUUGGGAGCAGUUUGCACGGCCAGGAUUCGCCGUCGGCCAGAUCGGAUUCAGUCUGCGCGAGUUUUCAGCUGUCGGAUGCGCAACGAGUGGGACGGCCAGUAGCCAACCACCUCCCCGCAUCCAGCGCCGCAUCUGGCGCCGCGCAUCGCGCGUGGGAGGCGGGGUACGAGCUGGAGCUCCUGACGGCGGCGUGGGGGGAGCACCUCCCCGUGCUGCUGCUCGACGCCUCCCCGCCUUCCGCCUUCCCCGCGCGCCCCUGCGCGGACGACCUUCCGCCUCCCAGCGCCGGGCAGCACCGCUCAUUGCGCCACGCGGCGGGAGAAGCGCGCGCAGGGCGCAGGGAGAAGAUCGGCGCGGCGUCGGGCCGGUUGGCGGAGGAGGUGGGGGGCGAUGCGUCGGAGGGCGGGCAGGAGCGCGGACGGGGCAAGCGCGCAGCCGGGUCGAGCGGUGCGGCGAUCGGAGGCAGCACCGCAGGAGCCGGUGGGCGGUGCGGAAAAGGAGAUGCGGGUUUAACAGCGACGACUAGAGGCGAGAACGGGAGGGACAGUACGGCCCAGCAGACAGUCAUCGCUUUACGCUCUCGCCCCGCCAUGCCAGACCGCCAUGCCCUGUUAGGCUCGGAACCAGGCUCGGUGACAGGCUCGGAAAACCUUUUCUUGGUUGCAGGCGAUGGUUCGUGCCGCGCCUCCUCCUGGCUCACCGCCGCCCCUCCCCCGCCGCCUCCGCUACUGGCGUCGAUCUCCGCGUCCGCGCUCGCCGCCAAGGGCGCUGGGGAGGGCGCGGCGAAGCGGGCAGCGGAAGCGCUUGCGGGGAACGGCGCGCAGUGGCGGAGGCUGCUGCCGUGGGGCUGGCGGAAGGGGUCCGCGCAGGCGUGGGGUGAAGCACGCGGCGGGGUUCGGGGUUUAACAGCGGCGGGGGAGGCGCGGGGCGGAGAUGCAAGCGCGGAGCGGGAUGAGCGAGAGGGGCGAGAGGAGCGGGAGGAGGGGGAAGCAGGUGACGUGGGCAAGGCUUUGAAGCAGAAAGGGGGCGCCAAUGCUGCCAUUGCCACUUCUCCUGCUGCUGCCGCUGGUCCUCUUGCCUCUGCUACCGCUCUUUCUGCCGUCACAACCUCUGUCGCCGCCGCUGCAGCCGCUCCUUCCGCCAGAGCCGCGGGCGCGGCGGCGGCGGCGGUCGCGGGCGAGGCGCGGCGCACGAGCGCGUCGCGGAACGCGCUGGCGGGCGGGCUGGCGGGCGGCGUGGUGAGCGUGUGCAUCCACCCCCUGGACACCGUCAAGACCGUGCUGCAGGCGCACCGCGGCUCCGGCGCGCCCUCCGGCGUGCUCGCCACCGUGGGACGCGUCGUGGCGGAGAAAGGCCCGUUGGGGCUGUACAGUGGAGUGGCGGCGAGUCUAGCAACAGCGGCGCCCAUCAGCGCCAUCUACGCGUGCACGUACGAGGCUGUUAAGGAGGCUCUGCUGCCGCUCGUGCCGCAGCGGCUAGCGCCAGUGGCGCAUUGUGUGGCGGGGGCGGCGGCGAGUGUGGCGACAUCAGCGGUGUUCACACCCAGCGAGGCCGUCAAGCAGCGCAUGCAGACCACCACGCACUUCCGCUCCUCCCUGCAUGCGCUGGUGGGCAUGGCGCGCACAGAGGGCGUGGCGUCGCUGUAUGGUGGGCUGGGGGCUGUGCUGGCUCGCAACAUCCCCAACUCCGUCAUCAAGUUCCUGACGUACGAGGCGCUGAAGAAGCGAGCACUGGAGGCGCAGGUCAAGGCAGCUGGGGGGGCGGACGGGGCGCAUGCCACCCUGCUCUCCCCCGCCAACCAGCUGCUGGUGGGGGGAGCAGCGGGGUCCACAGCAGCGUUCUGCACCACGCCCUUUGAUGUUGUCAAGACGCGCCUGCAGACGCAUCUACCAGGGGCGCCCAAGUACAAGGGAGUGGUCGAUGCAUUCUCCCGCAUCGUCAGGGAGGAAGGCAUUGGGGCGCUGUACCGUGGGCGCAGACAGUGCCCGCUGCACAUACCUGCUGCUGCAACGCAAGAAUCACCAACCUCUUCUUUUCAUCGCUCCUUUUCUUCCCACGCCCUCUCCAUGCACUGCACGCACCCUCCCUCCCUCCCUCCCUCCCUCCCUCCCUCCCUCCCUCCCUCCCUCCCUCCCUCCCUCCCUCCCUCCCUCCCUCCCUCCCUCCCUCCCUCCCUCCCUCCCUCCCUCCCUCCCUCCCUCCCUUCCCUUCGCGUCAUCAAACCGCGACUCGAAACGGCGCCUGCUCUAAGCGGAGCCCUGGCGGGUGUGUUCGCGCGCGUGGUGGCGACGGACAUCAGCGCGGCGCAGCUUAGCCACGCGCCCGCGCUGCCCAACGUGCGGUACGCCGCCACGCCGCCCGCCAUGGGAGACGCGCACGUGCGCGACAUCGUCGGGCCGCCCGCGAGUGUGGAUCUGGUGACGGCAGCGCAGGCCAUGCACUGGUUCCACUUUGACCGCUUUGCUGCCAAUGUGCGCGCCGUGCUCAAGCCACGCACGGGGGUCGUUGCUGCCUGGUGCUACACCCUCCCUCGCGUGAAUCCACGGGUCGACAGUGCGUUGGACCGCUUCUAUGCGCGCUCAGACCCCUUCUGGGAGCCGCAGAGGCGCUACAUUGACAGCUGCUACCGAGACAUCCCCUUCCGUUUCCAACCCUUGCCCCAGCUCCAGGAGCAAGGCACAGCUGUUGCUACUGCCAAGGCGAAAGGGGUAGACCUGUUGGCACCGGAGGCGUGUGCUGAGUUGGAGGAGGCGUGGUUGGAUGAGGAGAAUGGUGGUGGGGAGGGAAGCAAGGAGAGGAGCUCCAGUGAGGUGCACAGGAGAGUUUGCUUCCCCAUCUUCAUGCGUGUAGGGACCGUUGAUCCGUAA